AGAUUAAUUUGUUUUUAGUAAAAAGUAACUCUAAUGCUUACUAUAAUCGGUUACAAAUUGAAUAACAAAUUUACUGGACGGAAAAUGUAAACAACAAUUGAUUUCUUAAUAUUGAGUCCACAUUUUUAAAACUUUUGGUACAAAUAUUUUAAAAAAUAUGAAUCAGAAAACUAUAUUUAAGUUUUGCAAAGACCUAGGAUGUUGUGAUCGUUGUUGCCUUCGAUAUUUAGGAGUGAAAAUUCCAAACGCGUAUGAAAAUUCCAACGAGUAUGUUGCUAGAUUCCAAGAUGAACCCACAUCAAAUAUAAAAUCACAAGAAGACAUACAAUCAAAUGAAAAUACAACAAGUGGUAAGGAUAAUGUCAUAGUAACAGAUGCUGUUACAAAAUCAGAUAACACAUGUAGUGCUUCUGUGCACACUGAUAAUGACUCCGACAAGGAUAUUGAAGGUAUACAGGACAAUGCCACAGGCGAUGUAGAUAGUGACAAUAUCCAUAAUGACAAUAUGGAAUACAAAAAUGGCAUAUUACCACCCACAAAGAGACGGAAACUCCAUCACUGCGUCAGUUGCCUUGGCAUUCUGCAGGAAGACACAUGGCCCGACACUAAUCUGAUGCUGAAAGAAAUGCUGCAUAAGAAAAGUUACGAGUGUCCUACAUUUGCGUGUGCCCUGUCUGCUCCCAUCGCCACCCUGCUCCGCGAGCGUGCUGUCACACUUCUCGUCCGCGAGGCCUAUCCUGAGUAUGAUCCCAAUACACUGACGCCACUGAAGGAAGCGUGGAAGUGGUCGUACGGCGCGCAGGCGGCGGCGCACGUGGGCCGCAGCCUGCACUCGGGCGCCGUGUCGCCGCUACUCGUCACCGUCAACAUGGAGUACCCGCACGAGAUGCAGGAGCUGGAGAUUCUGAAGGCGCUGUCGCCGUCGCUGUUCGAGUCGCGCAGCCAGCAGAGGAAGCGGUUCGCGGUGGAGUUCACGCGGCGGGCGGCGGAGCAGGCGCUGGCGGGCGCGGCGGCGGCGGCGCUGCGCGCGGCCGGCUGGCCCGCGCCGCCCGAGCCCGCCGCGCAUGCGCGCUGUGCCGCCGUGCACGCCGCGCACGCGCCGCUGCACCUGGCCGGCAGGUACAUCAAGCUGUCGCGCGAGCUUCCGCAGACGCCCUGGAUAUUGAACGGCGUCCGAAUGAUGGAGUCCUCGGUCCAGGAGAUCAUAUUUGCGCCCAUCGCAGCCGCGUACGGACUUACACCAGAGGAAUGCGAACACCGGUUGAAGUUCAUGUCAGCAGGACGCGAAGAUGUGGACGUCAGGUGCCUGGGUGACGGCAGACCCUUCGCUGUUGAGGUGACGGACCCUCGGCGGGAGCUGACCGAGGCCGAGUUGAAGCGGGUGUGUGAGGACAUCUCCGCUGGCGGGAAGGUGGUCGUCCGCGAGAUGAUGUACGUCACCAGAGAGGAGCUUGCAGAACUGAAAAAAGGUGAAGAGACGAAAUGCAAGACGUACGAAGCACUCUGCAUCAAACUGUCGCAUUCAGAACAUGAACACGACAAGAGUCCGACAGAGCCGGUGACGGUGACGGAGCAGGACAUCGCGAACAUCAACUCGUACAGCAACACGAGCGAGCCGGGCGUGCGCGUGCAGCUCGUGCAGCGCACGCCCAUCCGCGUGCUGCACCGCCGCCCGCUGCUCGCGCGCACGCGCCACAUCCUGCAGCUGUCCGCCGCCGCCGUGCCAGGGCAGCCGGCGCUGCUGGCGCUGCGCGUGCGCACGUCGGCGGGCACGUACGUGAAGGAGUGGGUGCACGGCGAGCUGGCGCGCACGGCGCCCGCGCUGCAGGCGGCGCUGCGCGCGCGCGUCGACAUCCUCGCGCUCGACGUCGCGCGCGUGCACCUCGACUGGCCGCGCCGCGCACAUCCCGCGCCCCGCUAAAUAUACCGCCUGUCUGCA